GGAUAAAGUAUAAAGAGAAGUAGUGUUCGCGACAGCUAAUAUGAAAAUGCAGUGCAAUUGUGUCUAAGGAAAAUCCCCUACGCAUCGCAUGGCUGGAAAGUGUUUAAAAAAAAUGAUAACCAAACAAAAUGCAGCAGCAGAAGCAGCAACAAACAGGCUGACUGACGCCGCAUAAAGGAGGAGUAGAAAAUAAUAUAAAAUCACACACUCACGCGUGGAAAAGGGCGGAUAACGUGGGGUACUGCAAGGAAGAAACACUCUAUCAAAACGGAGUAGUAAAAGGAACACACUGCACACAUACAAUUAUUCGUUGGAAAAAUAAGGAGCCUAAGGAGGAAAAGCCCAACAAAACACAAACGCAACUUGCAAUUGGAUUUGAUAUUCGAAACUGGAGUGAGAAGUCGGAAAAGGAGUGGGAAGUCAGAAAAGGAGUGUAGUGUGUGUGUGUGUGGAGUGAGACGUUGGGAAAGGAGUGUGAGGGGAAGUGUAUUGUGCAAUUGGGCAACACAUCCAACAAUAAGAGAGUGUGUGUGCCAGAGCGAGAUAGAGCCAGAGAAUUGCAUGUGUGUGCAUGUGUGCAUGUGUGGGUGUAGUUGUUGGCUCUCCCCAGUGCAUAAACUGUGCUCGUGCUCCAUUCGGCUUCUUCGCCCACGCACUUCACCCGAAGCGAAGUGAUAGAGAGAGGGAGGGAGGGAAGGCCCAGGAAGAGCGGUUUUCAAGAAACAAGAAACUGCAUCAAAAGCGAAAUGCAAAUCGAGCCAACCAACGGCUAAGGCGACUCAAAUUUGUUUAAAUUACGACGAAUAAGUGUAAAACAAGACAGAGAAACCUGCUUCUCCUUUUCAAUUGCAUUUCUUCAAAAAUUUGUGUGCAAUAAAAAAAAAACGUCAGCGAUCGCACAAAAGGCUCACACAGAGAGAGCCAGGCAGAGUGUCCAGAGAAACAGAGAGAGCAGUGACUGCAGACAAAGAGAGCACACUCGCUCGCUUUUACAGCUGCAGUGCCCCUGCCGUACUCCUAAAUACAACACCACCCGCGCCCUCCGACCGAACCCAACUCUAUUCUUCUGGUAAUAUGGAUUUUGGCGGUCUGGCAGCCCAACAACAACUAUUACAGCAACAUUUACUACAACAACAACAGUUACAUCUGCAACAACAGCAACAAAAUCUUGAGGAAACAACAGCAAUAACAAAUAUAAACCUAAGAGGAAUCUUGGUUGGCGGCAGUGCCAGCGGUGGAGGAGGACCAACGACGAGGCGGCCAGUGCUUGUGCUGGUGGGGAUUGUGGUGUUGGUGGUGUAGUUAUUGGCGGCGCUGGUGCUGGCACUGGCGGCGUCAAACUGCGUAAAAACAGCGACCGUCCCCUAACGACGACGACGACGACAACGACGACGGAGGAGGCUGGCAACAGGCAACAGUCGCAGUCGCACACGUACCGCAUAUCCAUGGCCAACCUGGAGGACACACAGGAGUCCGAACUGGAUCAGAUUUUGGGGGAGUUGAGCCUGCUGGAGGCACAAAUAAGCUAUGGGGAGGCAUCAUUUCUGCCUGGCGCUGGAGGAACAGCAUCAGCAGCAGCAGCAUCAGGAACAGGAGCAUCGAAUGCAGGACAUGCUGCAGGAGGGGCAGCAGUGAUGAUGCCACCCUCCAUCAUGUCAUCGGCAGCCUCAUCGCGCUCCCAUUCGCGCACAAACAGCAGCAUCUCGGCGGAUGUGAGCACCUGCUCCACCUCGGGCAUAUCCGAGAGUGGUGUGGGGCCAAUGGGUGGAUCUGUGGCAGGCUCCAAUGCCUCCUCGGUGAUGGCUGGUGGCAUGAUGAUGAUGCUGCCGCCGCCCACAAACAUAACCAUGGGCAUCACGCUGGGCGUGGUCACACAUCGAGAGCCACGCACCGAAUCGCCGGACAAUGAUUCGGCCUUCAGCGAUACCGUUUCGCUGCUGUCCAGCGAGUCAUCGGCCUCGUCCAACACAUCCCUGCAGCAGCAACAGUUGCAACAGCAGCAGCAACAUCAGCAGCAACAUCAGCAGCAGCAGCAGCUGGUGGCCCAGAAACGGCAGGGGAGCAGCGGCAACAGCAGCAGCUCAAAGGCGGCCAAAAUCCAACUGGCGCUGCACAAACUGGAGAGCGCCUCCAUACGACGGCUUUUUGUGAAGGCCUUCACGGUGGAUGGGGCCUCCAAGUCGCUGCUGGUGGACGAGCGGAUGGUCUGCGGUCAUGUCACACGACUCCUGGCCGACAAGAAUCAUGUCCAGAUGCAGCCAAAUUGGUCCCUGGUCGAGCAUUUGGGUGAUUUGCAAAUGGAACGCCUCUUCGAGGAUCACGAGUUGCUGGUGGACAAUCUGAUGGCUUGGAAUUCAGACGCUGGCAAUCGUGUGCUCUUCCAGCAGCGCCAGGACAAGGUGGCGCUCUUCUCACGGCCGGAAGUGUAUCUGCCGGGUACACAGAUGGCGCCCGGAUGCCAACAUGACGAUCAGACACGCCACAUGCUGCUGGAGGAGUUCUUUGAGACGCAUGCCGCCCAACUGCAGCUGGACGGGCCGCUCUACAUGAAGGCGGACCCCAAGAAGGCCUGGAAACGCUAUCAUUUUGUGCUGCGCUCCUCGGGCCUCUACUAUUUCCCGAAGGAGAAGACCAAAAACACCCGGGAUCUCGCCUGUCUCACCCUCUUCAGCGGCCACAAUGUGUACACGGGCUUGGGGUGGCGCAAGAAAUGGAAAUCGCCAACGGACUACACCUUUGGCUUCAAGUCCGCCGUGGACUCGUCACUGGGCAAGUCCUGUCGAUCGCUAAAGAUGCUCUGCGCCGAGGAUCUGCAAACGCUGGAUCGCUGGCUGACGGCCAUCAGGAUCUGUAAGUACGGCAAACAGCUGUGGCAAAAUCACAAGCUCCUCAUCGAGGAUCUCUGCAUGGGCGAUGGCGUCUCGCAAUCGAGCUUCGCCUCGGCCUCGAUGCGCAGCAGCGAAUCCAUAUCGAGCAUCUCAUCGGCUGUGCCCUCACAAUGCGGCAGCGUCUCCUCUGCCAUCAGCAGCAUGUCCAACUCGUCGACCAGCGGCCGCACUUCACGCGCCUCCAGCUCCAGUUCGAGCGGUUGCUUGUCGGACGACAACAAUGGCUUCGAUUCGGAGUUUACGACCGGCACCAUCAAGCGGAAGCCCUCGAUGAAGCCCAAUCUGCCGCUUACGACAAUGACACGGCAGCUGAAGGAGGUCGGAGAGAUCACCAUCUGCGAGAGUGGCGGCGGCAGCGGUGCUGGUGCCGGCGAUGCCAGCUCCCCGGAGCGUAGUGGCACAUUGACGCGACGCCACAGUCGUCGGAAGUCGCAGGAGAGCAAUGGAAGCGGCACCCUCAAGCGGCGGCCUGUUGUAGUCCCAUCAGCGGUGACCGUCAAGCAGCAGCAACAGCAACAACAGCAACAACAGCAGCAGCUUCAGCAGGAGCAGGGCAGUGCCGCCUCAUCGACAUCGUCGAGCAGCAACUCAACGCCAACGCCCACGCCCAGCAUAUGCGCUGCCAAGACGCCCUCCAGCGAUGCCUCACUGAUGUGUUCGUCCACUCUUUCGCUCGAUUCGUUGCCACCGCCGCCGCCGCCGCUGGCAGCGCACGGUCUGGACGGUGCCGACGAUCAGGAUGUGUAUGGAUCGCAGUUGUCUUUGGCCUCGUUGCCGCCACCGCCGCCGCCCGAAGAUGUGAUGGUGAUGCAUGCCAUGGCCUAUGCAUCCGCCGGGCCAACGCCGAUCCAGGGGCAAGUAUCCAGCCCAACCACGCCCACGCCCACACAGCAAGGAAUGCUGAAUCCCAUGGGAAUGCCCAUAAUGCCCAACAGCAAUGGAUCCCUGCCGCCGGCAGUGCCGGCCAAGCCCAUAAAGCCGGCCGUCAAGCAGGCCUCCCUGAAGGCAGCGCCCCCGUACAAGGCGCCGCCCGACUACGUGGGACCACAGAGCGGCAUUGCUGGUGGACCACCGCCAUCACUGCCGCCACCUGUGGCCCAGAAGAAGGUCUCCUUUGCCGACUCGCCGGUGCUGCUGCGGCGAAAGAUGUGCUCCCCAGAGCCAGCGCUGCCGCAGCGUUCGCCCAGCACUACGCUCAGCACGGGAUCAGGAUCUGGAUCAGGAUUGGCGUACCAGCAGUAUGCGCCCGGACCGAUGCUGCCACCGCGCACAGAUCUGGCGCGUCUCUCUGCCCAGAGCAAUGGCAGCGGCAGCUGCAGCGAGGUGACAUCGCCCAAACGGCUGCAGGAGUCCGCCUCGAAUCCGCCGCGUGACUUUCUCAAGGAUCUGCAACGGGUGAUGCGCAAAAAGUGGCAGGUGGCACAAAAAUGCAAGCUAGAGCCAGCCACUACGCCGCACGAGGUGCUGGGCUUCAGGGACUUUAGCAACGAGGAUCUGCUGGCCGCCCACAAUCUUAAUUCGGGGGCCAAUUCCUCACACUAUUAUCGCGAGACGGCGAAUGUCAGCCACUGGGUGCGCGAGCACUACGAGUACGCACACAAUGCCCUCUACGAGAAUGUGCACGCCCAGACGAAUGGAUCGGGAGCAGGCGCUGCUGCACCGAAUCUGGGUGCAGUUGGAAUGGCCAUAGAUGCUGCUGCAGUUGCAGCUGUUGCUGGCGGCAUGCCAGCGCCAGUAGUGGCACCGUCAGGAGUGGGUGCUGCGGCAGCCAAGAAGCGUCCACCGCCGCCGCCACCCAAGCGCAGCGACAAAACGCACCUGACGACCAAUCGAGUGUAGGAGUGUGGCGUGGUCCUGCCUGCCAGCAGGUGGUGCUGUAGCUGCUGCAGGAUGCAGUAGAACGGGCGUAGUGUAGAGACUCACAUUUGGGAUGGAUCGGAUGGGAU